AUGUCUGAUUAUCCGGAAACAGUGAUCCUCCCCACCGAGCAAUCGAAAAAGACUUUUGAGCAGUUCUUGACCAAAAUUCCUGACAUCAUCAAAGAUGCCGAUUAUGAUGAAUUAUACGGAUACCAGUUAAAUCCCGAAGGCAAGAGUUACAACGCGCCAGUGGCCCAAGCUUUGUUAUUCAAGUAUUUUAAGGCGAAUGAUUAUAAGUUGACAGAAUCUAUUGCCCAAUUGACAGCGAGCUUGAAGUGGAGAAAAGAAUUCAAACCAUUGAAAGCUGCCUAUUACGAAACACACGAUGAAAAGUACAAAAAUAUCGGAUAUUUGACCUACAAGGAUGAAAGCCCAGCCAACCUCAAGGUGAUCACUUGGAACUUGUAUGGUUUGACUUCUCCAGAUGUCAAGAAUGCCAAAGAUUACUUUAAAGACCUCGACGGGUUCGUGAGAUGGAGAAUUGGAUUGAUGGAACAGGCGAUUGGGUUGUUGGAUUUCACCAAUAAGGAAAACAACUAUGUUGCUCAAAUCCACGAUUAUUCUGGGGUCAGCUUCUUGUCUUCAGACAGUUCUGUUAAGAAAAUUGGGAAAAAGGUGGUUCAACUUUUCCAAGCCCAUUAUCCUGAGUUUCUCUCCGCCAAAUAUUUCCUCAAUUUUCCAUUUGUCUUGGCUUGGAUAUACAACUUUAUUGUGAAGAACUGGUUCAUUUCUGCAGAAACCGUAAAGAAGUUCCAUAUCUUACACAGCGGCAAAGACUUGGUCAAAGAGUUCAAAGUACCCGGAUUACCAAAAAAAUAUGGUGGGAACGGUGGUGAUUUAAAGAGUCAAAAUUAUGACGUCAAACUAAUUAAGUUAUCUCCAUAUACUGAAGAAAUCUUGAAGCGAAACUUUGAAAAUGAAGCAGAUGAUGUGGAUUAA